AUGAUCGACCUUGAUUAUUGCCAAUGGAUACGGCGGUCAAUCAAUGCCGCGCCAUGCGAAUGUCACGGUGAAAUACGCCGCGUACGAGUCAUGUGGUAUCGUGCUUUUCCGAAUGCAUAGGCUCGAGGGUCUGAGAAGUGAGCGUUACUUUAGUUCAUGAACUAUAAGGAUGGCUUGAACUGAAGGGUCAUACUGUUACCUUUACGGAAAUACCUAACGUCAGGAAUAUAGUAGAAGUUUGGGUCAACGGAGAACGUGUUUAUCGUUGUGACAUUAAUGAUUUAGAUUUUGGUUUGUCGUUAUUUAAUCUUAAUUUUGGUGCAAGGUGGGGAUGGGUGUCUGGAUGAGCGUGUCGUUGAAAUCGAAAAACUUGUGGAGAUUGCGUAUUAAAUAUAAGUAAGUGUUUAUCUGCUCCGUAAACGUUUUCAGAACAACAGUACCCUUGAAAUUGAGAAACAUCCCGUGGCAUUGA